AUGUGACUUGCUGGGGUUAGUAAUUAAUGAGCCUUUAUUCUUGUUUAUACAUACAGGCUUAUUCCUACAUGUCCCUCACAAAGACUUCCCUGUCUCAAAUAGCAAAUAGCCUGCUCUUUAAGCAGCGUGUAAACAGUGGUGUAGAGAUUUCAGUUGACAUUGAUACAGCAUAACUGCUGAAAAAUAAAAUAUCAGUCUAGUUUAAAAUACUUUUCAACUCUAUCAAAAAAAUAUGCAGAUUUGUUGUAUGUUUAGACAUAAACGCUUUUUACUCAAAAUAAGUGCCAGAUGUCACACACUUGUGUACUGUCCAGUGCCGGGCAGUGCCUUGUGGCUCUGUGAACUAUGUUGACGACACAAGUCUGUGUGUGUGGGUGGAUGGGUGGGUUUGUGAAUGAAUACGAAGAGGUUCUUGCACACUCAGACAACAACGUCAUUACAACUAAUUACAAAAGCAAACUUUCUGGGACCAAAGGUAAUUGAGCAAGUUCUCAAUUUAAUUUGUUGUAUUUUUCCAUAGAUUGGCAGAUAUUCACACUUUAAUGUAAUAAUCUUUUCAUGUAUGUUUACUGAAAUGUUUGGUGUUAGGGGAUGACUGUGGGAGAGAAAACUUAAUGAACAACUUUGGUUAGUCAGGAUCAGCUGUAAUCUUUUGUCUUUGUACUUCAGAGAACUAAAUGCAGUUUGGAAAGCUGAGCGCUUGCUUGGCAUAAAAAAAAAAAAAAAAAAAACCCAGAAGGCUGUUAGAACGAGACGAGGCAUGCUUCACUGAGCUAUGUCUUUGCCGACCAAAGGUCACCUCCCAAGACAGUAAAAUCAGAAAUGUGUGUGUAUUAAUGUUCUCACUUUGCAUAGUGAGACUUCAGUUUUCAACCGAACAAGGAAAGGAAAACGGAAAAGUGGGCACUUCUGGUUAACGAGGUUUGCUUAAAAACAAUUCCAGGAGAUGCAGUGGUGCAAAUGGGCCAGCAAAUGGAAAUCUCACCUACCAGGGCAGUCUACAGGAGCACAGGAAGAGGUUGCCUGUGAUUUCCUAUUUAAAAUUAUCUUCCUUGGAGACGGCAAUGUGGGAAAGACGUGCAUCAUCCACAGCUUAAAGUCUGGAGAGUUCAGAGACAAACAGCACAACACUAUUGGUGUAGACUUCACUGUACAUACUAUGGAUAUAGAUGGCAAGCGGGUGAAGAUGCAGAUAUGGGACACGGCUGGUCAGGAGCGUUUCCGCACCAUCUCACAGAAUUACUACCGCAGCGCUCAUGGGGCGAUGAUCGCCUAUGACCUGACACAACGUUCCACCUUCGACUCACUACCUCACUGGAUACACGCAGUAGAACAGUAUGGAGUUGCCAAUGUAGUCUUUGUACUUAUAGGUAAUAAGUGUGACCUGCAGCCCCACCGACAAGUGUUGUUUGAGGAUGCUUGCACUCUUGCUGAACAGAAGGGUGCUCUGGCUGCUCUGGAGACAUCUGCUAAGGAGAAACAUAAUGUACAAGAAGCCUUCGAGCUAAUGGCACGGGAGCUGAUAGUACGAAACGGAGGCAUAGGCCCACAAGAAGCACUGUCAGAUUCUCCAAAUCUCCUUCUAUAUUCCGAGACUCACUCAAUCGGGGAAGUGGAGUCUCUAAAGAAGAAAACUUGUGACUGUUAAAUAUUCGUUUUUUUAAAGAAUGGUUUUCUUUUACAGGCCUCUUGAAGACUUCCAAAAACAUUUCCCAAUACUUACUCCUGUCUCAUGUACUGUACAUAUUGUGUGCAAUGAUAUUUUAACUCGUAUUUUAAUAUUAUUAUAAAUAAUAUAUUGCUGUUGUUUUUUUCAUGUUAACAAG